CCAUGGCUCUCCUCACUUUCCCCCAUUUUCCUUCGCUUUCCUUCUUGCCGAACGCUCGGUCCUUUUCUCCUACUCAGUGCUAUUGCUCCUUGUCAAGGAUAAGAAUGACGGCAAGUGGCAAUAGAGAUCACAAUGGUACAGCCAUUCUUUGGUUCAAGCACGACCUCCGUGUUGAUGAUCACCCAGGCCUUGUUGCAAUGUCUAAGUUUCGGGCAUUGGUUCCUAUUUACAUCUUCGAUCGCCGAAUUCUUUCCCGUUUUUCUGAUGAAGUAUUAGAAAUGGUUUUGUUUGCCGUGAAAGACCUAAAGAAGUCAUUGAAGGAGCAGGGCUCUGAUCUGAUGAUCAAGUUUGGCAAUGCUGAGAGUGUUAUGUAAGAACUUGCAAGAGAGGUGAAAGCUACUUCUAUAUUUUUGGAAGAAGAGGUAGAGUAUGAACUAUGCUUAAUGGUGGAUGUUGUCAAAGAGCAGUUGAAGUCCAUGACAAUUUUAGAGGGUAGCUUGAGGUUUGAAAUGUGGCAAACUCCAUUUUAUGACAUAAAGAGCUUGUAAAAUCUUCCUUCAUCAUAUGAUAACUUCAUGAAACUCCAAUUACCUAUAACAACACCAAUACAGCUUUUAAAGUUGCCUACAGUUGAAAUGGAACUGAACUGGGGUGGUCCUCUUCCCUCAUAUGAUGAUAUAAAGGAAUUUAUGGGUAUCAAUGCAAAAAAGUUUAAAAAGAAUUGGACUCAAAUCAAGGAGACAUCUGUUGAAAAUUUAUUACAGAGGAGGGAGUUAAUGACUAGCCAUAGAAGUGAAAGAAGCUCAAGUUCCCAAGACACGAAAGCAAGGACAGUACAUCAAUCGGUUUUUGUCACUCAGAAAGGGAAUGUUGUAGGCGGUAGAACAAACAAUGUACUAAAUGCAUUGGCUGCAUAUUUGCGAUAUUUGGAGGGGACAGCUCGGGAUGACUGGCAAGAGGUACAUGAAAAAGUACAUGCUGUCGAAAGUCGUGACAGAGCAUCAUUCAUAGGACUCUUCAGUGCUGCCCUAUGUCUUGGCAUUAUAUCCAGAAGAAGAGUGCAUUUUGAAGCUAUCAAAUAUGAGAAAGAGUGAAAUGCAAGAUUUUUAUCUCCUUUUGGAUAUUCAGCAGCCACAAUUGUAGCAGCGGUUGAUGCUGUGUGUUCAAUGGAGUGGUAUUGGCUUAUAGCUUUGAGAAGUCAGGUAAAUAGUGAUGGGAUGCACUCAAGGCGGUUAUGGAGAUGGAAUGGUUACCUUAUUCAGUAUACAGUUGCAGGUGAAGAAGGUCCUGCUGUUCUCCUUGUUCAUGGUUUUGGUGCUUUCUGGGAGCAUUACCGUGACAAUAUAAAUGUUAUAGCUGGCACUGGAAAUCGAGUAUGGGCAAUAACAUUGUUAGGAUUUGAAAGAUCAGACAAGCCAAAUAUCAUCUACUCUGAACUUUUGUGGGCUAAAAUGUUGAGAGAUUUUAUCGCUAAUGUUGUGGGAGAACCAGUCCACCUUGUUAGCAACUCAAUUGGUGGUUAUUUGACUGCUAUUGUUGCUCGAAGUUGGCAUGCCUUGAUCAAAUCUGUUGUCCUGAUUAAUAGUGCGGGCAAUAUCAUUCCAGGAUAUAAAUCAGUACCACUCUCUAAAGAUAGACAAACUUCAGGGGCUUCCUAGUUGGGUUCUCGCCUUCUAUUGUUCUUCCUGAGGCUAAGAAUUAAAGACCUAGUUAAGAAGUAUUAUCCAACUAGGCUGGAGAGAGUCGAUGAUUGGCUCAUAAAUGAAAUGCUAAGAGCAUCAUUUGACCCUGGCGUCCCUAUGGUCCUAGAAAGUAUCUUCAGUUUCAAUCUUUCCAUCCCUCUUAACUAUCUUCUUGAAGAUGUUAAGGAGAAGGCUCUAAUUAUACAGGGCAUGAAAGAUCCACUUUCCGACUCUAGUUCCAAGGUGGCGAUGCUCAAAGAACAUUGUGAUUGA